CGUUACAGAAAAAUGUAGACAAUUAUUUACUUCCGGUUAAAUUAGUGUAAUUAAUUUUUUUUUUCGCAUUUUAUUACACGAUUCUUCGGUGGAUUUGGCUAGUGUAGAAUACAUAUUCUAAGGCUAAGGUGUUGUUAGUACAACUCUGACAUGUCUGGCUUCAAUGAACAAGAGGGUUUCUACCAAACCAACUUCUAUGAUAAUCAAAAUUAUUCAUUUGAUGCUAACACACAGCCUCAGUUUGGCCAGGAACAACAAUUUGGCCAGUUUGACUACAACUAUGGUGUCAGCAGUGGGUAUGGCGGAGAUCGUGGUUUUGGUGCAGCAGAGCAAAGCAUGUACACUGGCUCCAUUCUGACACCAAGUACAGCAGCUUACCAGGAAAAGCCAAUACCUGGAGAUACAGAAGAAGAUGAACCACCACUCUUAGAAGAAUUAGGAAUUAACUUUGACCACAUUGUCCAGAAGACACUGGCUGUCCUCAAUCCUAUGAAGUCCGCGGACCAGAGUAUUAUGCAGGACACUGACCUGGCUGGCCCAUUAGUAUUUUGUAUGGCUUUUGGUGGAUCCCUGCUGUUGACUGGCAAGAUUCACUUUGGCUACAUUUAUGGCAUUGGACUUGUUGGUUGCCUGGCCAUGUAUUGUCUGCUCAGCUUGAUGAGUCUUGGGGGUGUGUCAGUAGGAACCAUAAUAAGUGUUCUGGGAUACUGUCUUCUGCCAAUGGUCUUCCUUUCCUUUUCAUCAGUUGUUUUGUCUCUCAAGGGAAUAUUUGGCUUGGUUCUGGUAUCAGUGACUGUGCUGUGGUGCAGCAUUUCUGCAUCAAAGCUGUUUGUCUCCGCCUUACAAAUGGACAGCCAACAGCUCCUGGUGGCCUACCCUUGUGCUCUGGUUUAUGGCGUCUUUGCACUGCUCACCGUAUUUUGAAAACAUUCAAACAAUAUCUGUAUUUUUUCAUUUGUUUGAAAUCAUAAUGAAAAACACGCAUUGCACUUAUUGCCUGCAUGACAUUUGUUAUUGAUAUUUUGUAUGAAGGAGAAUUAAAACUCCCAAACUGUACAGCCGUUAUAUGUGUGCAACUGUAAACUAAACAGAUUUGAAGACUGUCAACUCCGACCAUUGCUCAUUAAAGUCUGCAAUUCAACUGUGGCUUUUGUGUAAUUGUGGAAUGAAAAAGCUUAAGUUGCUCUAAUGAAUUUUUUUUUUUUUGGGUUUAUACAACUGUGUAAGAACUUUGUCACAUGGAGCAGGUCAAUAAAAACAUUUAUCAACAUUUA